AAUUAAUGACAAAAUGCAAAAUGAUGAUUUGCGUGUGCGCACAGUUUGCAAAACAUCGUCCAAAACAAAUGCCAUAACAGGUGCAAAAAUUCAAAUUCUAGACGGAUCCACUUUAGGAAACAACCCCUCAUCCCACUCCUUUACCCCAGGAGGAAGGAGAAGAAACAUCAUCUCCCAUGGACCUUGGCAAUACAGAGACAGCAUCCAUACCAACUCCUCUUCCUCAUACAGACCCGGAUGAAUCAAAGUCUGUAACGGUACAGGGAGCAACCCUAGACUGUGGGGUGGACUUAGAAAGGCCCAUGCCUAAGUCAGAGACACCACCUCAGAUAUUAUGGGAAUCACACCCUGCACAGACAGUGUCUAUUUCUCCACUUGCUAACAUAGACCCUGAUGAAUCAGAGUCAGUUCUGAAGCUGGAGCCAGGCCCAUGCCCUGAGAUGGAUCCUGAAAACACAAACUCUGACUCAGUUUUAUGUCAGAUACAAGAGGAAUUUGACUCAGCACAGAAACCAUCAGAGCAGCGAGAUCCAUUCCCAGGUUGGAUCCUGCUGACUGACACUGAUCUCUCCUUUCCAACUGUGUCAGAGACAGCACUGUGUCUAGGACCAGAACUAGACCCAUCUGACAUGAGGGAUUCUGAGGAUCUCAUAUCUGCUUCAGAACCACUUCAGAUAGACGGGGAACCAGACCCUUGCAGGAAAGAACUGGGGUCUAUGCCCAGGCCUACUCCUCAUCCUCACAUAGAUUCCAGAGUGAAGUUGGGGUCAGACCCAUGCCCUGACACAGACUCAGAAAACACUAAAUCUACACCGCCUGAGCUACAAGGGGAGCCCGACACAGCCGAGAUACCGUCAGAGCAGCCGGCCACAGCAUUGACCUCUACGACUGAAUCGGAGGUUGACCUGGCCUCUCCAGCCGCAUCGUGUUCAGUGUCAUGUGUUGGACAACCAGACUUGUGCAAUGGGAUGAGAUUUGAAAAUCCCACGCCUGCAUCAGAGCCACUUCAGACAGAAGAAGAUCCUGACCUAGUCCAGAUACAGGCUAACACUCCUCUCCCUCACCUAGACUCCCAGGGAUUUGAGUCGGUGCCACCUCAUAAAUCUGACGCAACUCAGAUAGGCCUACAGCCAGAACAGCCAGCCCCAGUCUCACUGACUGUCAAGACUGAGCCCGGUCUCUCUUCUCUGGCUGUAUUGUAUCCAGUGGCAUACAUCCGACAAGAACCAGGUGUGGUGACUCUGCAGUCUGACUCACAGGGGAGGGACAGAAUCCUUGAAGGCUCCCGCCUGCGACGCCUCCAACCUCAGCCUCAGUCUCUCCCAUACUUUCCACCCAUACAACCACCAACAUAUUCACCCAUACGUCCUCAGCAGUCUCCAUCCAUAUCGAAUGGCCCUUGUCCGAUGAUCUGUCACUCAACCCUUAUCCCUAGCUGCCCUCCUCUGGACCUCCCACCAGACUUUCCUUCAUAUCACCCCCAGAUUAACCAUAACUGCCCUCAACCAGGCCCUAAUCGCCCCUCACUGACCUCCCAGCUACGCCCUAACCACCCCCAACCACCACCGGACCUCCAGCUCGGCCCAGGCUUACCCGGUCCUCUCCCUGUGAUGGCUGGUUCCAUUCCUGGUUCUCUCCCCAGCCAGCCCCCAACUACCCAGGCCUGGUGUCGCGGCGAGAGCUUCUCCUCCCGGGGGGUGUUUGAGAACUACAGGUGGUGGCAGAACCUCCGGGACAUGGCCAGAAAAAUCUACCCCGACAGUGGACCUGACGCAGAGGCCCUGGCCUGCUUCUUCAUUCCAGUGAUUCGUUCCUUCUGUCUCCAGUACCCCUUGCUCCUCUUCACCCAGGGCAUUAGUGCAGCGGUGGGAGAAUGGAGGAAACUCUCCAACUACGACCGUAUGGAAUACUACCACUUGGCCCAGAAAUUCGUGGAGCUUGAGGUGGAGGAGGUGACAGCUAAGGAAAGAUCAAAGGUCAUACAAAGGUCACUGUCAGGGACAGGUCAGAGUGGAGCCCAGGCUGAGUUGAAAGCAGGUUACACAGGGAAGAGCAGUGCCACCACGUCAGCCAAAGAGACAGAAACCAAAAGCACCACCAGAGUUAACCAAGCCAAGGACAAAACUCAGAGAGCCACCAAGAGUGGCAGUGGUCCUAGAGUGCCCCAUGGUGGCCGACUAGGGAAAGUGGACAUCAAGGUCCUGGAGGAACGUGCCCUCGGGGAGUACACGGCAGCCAUGGAGGCCCUCCUUAUUGACCCCGCCGGGGUCAGGGAGAGGUUAGAGGUCAGAGGUCAAGAGGAAGAGGGGGAUGAGGAAGAGGAGGGAGAAGGAGAUGGGGAAUGCUCGUUCACGGAGUAUCUGAAUGAGCUGUGUAGUCAGAGGGAGUUUGUCACUAAGGUCGAAGCAGUGCUGGAUCUACAGUACCUGUCCUCUCUCCUCACCUUCGACCCCGAUACCAUCGACCUCCUAGCACAGGAGGAGGCACAGGCGGAUCAGGAGAUGCCAGACGUACCUGCCAGUGUUACUAGCACUGACCCAGAGGACUACACUACCCACACUGCAUCUGAAGGCUGUACUACACAACAACUGGCCCCAUCACUCACAGAACACAGAGAAGCUCUGAGCCUACCUAUGACAUCAUAUGAAUUACAGUUCGAGAGGCACUGCAUGUCUAUGUCCAGUAUUCAUCGUAAGAGCCAUUCAACUCCAAACUAUGAUAACCACAAUGCACCUGGCCAUGGGCCUCCAUUGUUCAUACAGACCCAGGACGGUUGUACUGUUAGUGACCUCAUCCCUCCUAUUCCUACCCCUUCACCGUCAGAAACUUUCCAACUGGCAACCUCACAGGACGGCUUGUUUCAGCUUCAAGGACCCUACCCUCCUCCUCAACCUGGGAACAACUCCCACAAUGCACCAUUCCCAAUGCCCCCUCCACACCUCCGAGCGUUCCCUCUCCCACCUCUACCUGUUUGUCACAAAAACUACAACUACCACAACGCACCACCACCGCAAGGGUUUUUCGUCCUACCGGAAAACUAUUCCCCACACCCUAUCCCUAUGCCAGGCCAGGAUGCAUUUCAGAUGUGUCCUCCACAACGUCCCAGGCACUUUGUGUUCAGUGAGGACAGCCCUGAGGGUGGAACCUUCGUGUUUAUUCCAAUGGGAGAUUACAUCCCCCACAAUGCACCACUUCCGAUGAUGAUGAACUCCCCCUCCCCAUUUCCUUUCUCGGAAAGGAACCAGACUUUCCAACAGACACAGUACCAUUAUCCAAACAAUACUAUUGCUGUGAGUGAUGUCUACUAUCCCCCAGGAGCUUUGCCUUGUGAAAAUCAAAACAAUCAGAAUCUUUAUAUAACGACUGGGUCUAACACAGCCUAUGAAGCUACAUUGUCACAUGGUCAUAGCUCGUCAAUAGAACUACCCGCCGCCAUCUUGCCUGUUAUGGGCAGCAGUGGUCAAUAUAUAACAGGCCAUUCAGCCUCAAACUUCGUGAUUCAGGAAUCAAAAGACCCACUCUCAAUCACUUCAAUCCUUGACCUCCAGGGCGGUCCUCUGCCAGGGGAUCUUCUAGCCUCCGAGCCUGCCUCAACCUCAACCACGUCUGGGGAACUCAACAACCUGCACCGGCCUAAGUCCGAUCAACAGAACUACAACCAGUCAGGUCAACAAAACUACAUCUCCCAGACAGAGGCACACUUGUCAAACUCUUCUGUCCCCUUAAAUAUUAGUAAAGAUGGGAUAACCUUCAUGAUCCUGCCUCUGGAAAGAGAGGAAGAUGGAGUGAUGGAGGGAAUGAGUGAAGAAGAAGAGGACUCGGACAACUUCACCGCGGGGCAAGUGGGAGACGUCCCGAAACAGGAGAAUCUGGAGGAAGAGAAAAAAGAAGAGGAGGGAGGCCCGCCCACUCCGAUUGGAUCCCCCGCCCAUUUCCCUCUGGCGGCCUAUCAUGGUGGCAGGAGGAUGUUGACGGACAACCCGCCGUCCUGCCCCCCUAACCUGAGACUCGUAGCCAUGGCUGCCCUCGUCCACUCUGUCUCUUCAACGCCCCCGGAGGGCCAAGGAGAAGACAACGAGGACGAGGGUCAGCUGAACUGGAAGCCCCAGGACCCUUGCCCCUUUCAGCUGUCCCACCCUCCCCGGGACAGGGACAGGGUCACCCCCCCUUCAGGCCAUUGGGAUGGGGAUACCCCCUGUGCCGUACCUGUCCAGUCCUUCAUCAUGGCUGUCUCCUGCUCCACCCCCAGAGGUGACCCCUUCCUGGAUGCUCACCUGACAGGCUGGGUUAGGGACACCCCGAACCCAGCAGGCCCCACAGAGGAGCCUCAAAUUGGGGAAGGGAGUCUGGAGCACAGGCCUCAGCUGGAGGAAGGUCCUAGAGAGGAUCGGACUGGGAGAGGAAUGGAGGUGGAGGAAGCUGACAAGGGAGGUGGACUCAGACACAGAGAGUUCACCGCCAUCCAUAAGCAGCACAGAUCCUGGAUCAGCCCUACUGUCAGAUUGUGUCAGUGA